AAUUAAUUAAAUAAAUGAAGGCCUGGCCUUGUCGUGUGUGGCUUCGCUUCCCGCAGCCACCGCGAGAGGAGGCUGGCAGGGCAAGGACUACAGCUCCCAGCCCGCCCGGCGCGGCCAUGGCGUGGCGAGCGGCCCCGCGGCUGCUGCGGCCGCUGCUGCCCCCCGGGAGCCGCCGCGUCGCCUCCUGCAUCCACCAAAGCCUUCUCCCUCCUAAAGCCCAUUUCCUGGUGGUCCCGAGGAAGAGAGACAUGGUCUCUGCAGCAGAGCCCCUGAACUCUUUGUCAUCCACCGGCCUGACUGAGGAGCAAAAGGAAUUCCAAAAAGUUGCCCUUGAUUUUGCUGCCAAGGAAAUGGCUCCUCACAUGGCUGAGUGGGAUGAAAAGGAAAUAUUCCCUGUGGAAACAAUGCGGAAGGCAGCCCAGCUGGGAUUUGGUGGGAUCUAUGUGAAACCAGACGUCGGUGGCUCUGGAUUGUCACGACUUGAUACCUCCGUCAUCUUUGAAGCUUUAUCAACAGGAUGUACCAGCACCACUGCUUAUAUGAGCAUCCACAACAUGUGUGUUUGGAUGAUUGACACCUUUGGCAAUGAGGAACAGAGGCACAAGUUCUGCCCAUCGCUCUGUAGCAUGGAGAAGUUUGCUUCUUACUGCCUGACUGAGCCAGGGAGUGGGAGUGAUGCAGCUUCCCUGCUGACCACAGCUCAGAGGAAAGGGGACACCUAUGUCCUGAAUGGCUCCAAGGCCUUCAUCAGUGGGGGAGGUGACACUGAUGUCUACGUGGUCAUGUGUCGCACAGGAGGCCCAGGCCCCAAGGGCAUCUCCUGCCUGGUGGUAGAGAAGGGGACACCAGGGCUCAGCUUUGGCAAGAAAGAGAGGAAGGUGGGCUGGAAUUCCCAGCCAACUCGGGCUGUGAUCUUUGAGGACUGUGUUGUUCCUGUUGGCAACCGGCUGGGAGCUGAAGGGCAGGGCUUCAGCAUUGCCAUGAAGGGACUGAAUGGAGGCAGGAUAAACAUUGCAUCUUGUUCGUUGGGAGCUGCUUAUGCCUCUGUUCUCCUGGCUCAGGAACAUCUCACUGUCCGCAAACAGUUUGGGGAGCCCUUAGCAAACAACCAGUUCCUGCAGUUCAGGCUGGCGGAGAUGGCGACGCGCCUGGUGGCAGCUCGGCUGAUGGUUCGCAGCGCGGCGCGGGCUCUGCAGGAGGGACGGGAGGACGCGGCCGUGCUCUGCUCCAUGGCCAAGCUCUUUGCUACUGAUGAAUGCUUCAUGAUCUGUAACCAGGCUCUGCAGAUGCACGGGGGCUAUGGCUACCUGAAGGAUUAUGCAGUGCAGCAGUUUGUGCGAGACACCCGAGUCCACCAGAUCCUGGAAGGUACCAAUGAGGUGAUGCGGAUGAUAGUUGCCAGGAACCUGCUGCAGGGCUGAAGCCAGAAGCUAAUCUCCAGCCUUAAAAAAUCCUUCCUCUGUUACAGCUUGGUCUGUUUCCCUCCCCUGUUCACCAGCUCUUUCCCUGGGAGUGGAGAGGGGGAUAACCCACUGGAAACAGCCUUAUAUUAACCAGCACAGCUGGAUGCCACCCCCAUGCUGCUGUGCCUGGUGGCAUCCUGCAGCCUGCAGAUACAAAUCACAGUGUGAACACCAGCCUCUUGUCUCCAGUUCUUGCUGAUGGGCUGCUUGCCACCCAUGCCUCUCAGAAGAGAAACACUAGACCUGUUGGUCACCUCUGCUGAGUCAGGACUGAAACAGGAGCUCCAGGCAGAGGUGCAGCCUCAUCCCACAGGAUUCUUUUUAUCAGUGCAAUCUUUACUGCGAGGGAACUAGUGACUCUGUGCUGACUGCACCACUCAAAACAAGUUGCCCACAAGUGACUGCAGCUCCCACCACCAGUGGGGUGCAGUGGCUUUUUAACAAAGGAGCAGGAUGCCUGUAUCCAGAAAGCACUCUUCUCUUUUCCCAGCACCCCUUUUCAGUGCUCCUUCUCCCCAUUCCCACCCCAGACUGGUGCUUCAUCUCAAAGCAGCCUUUGCAGUACAGAGGUAGAGAUCAAAUAACUUUAAGGUUCAGCACAGAAACAUUUAACUGUUGCCUCAAACCAGGGCUCCCUGCUGUGGUACAAUGGAGGGGGAGUGCAAACAUCAGUAAAUUCAACUCAGAUUUGGAAACAAUAAAGCCGUGAUGGCAACUUUACUGGGAGUGUCA